AUGGUUCGAGAUUAUAAGAGACGUACUAAUAGAGGAGGGUGGAGUGAAGAACAAAUUAAAUUAGCCAUUCAAGCAGUUUUAGAUGGAAAAAAUGGUUAUAAAUCAGCCAGCAAGACUUAUAAUGUCCCUCAAACAACACUCGAGCGUAAAGUUAACCAAGCCAGAAAAAGAGAGAAUAAUAUACUAAAUGUCAAAGUUCCGUUGGGUCCGAUUACAACAGUAUUUUCAGAAGAAGAAGAACAAAUCCUUGUAACUUAUUUAAAGGAAAUGGAAGGAAGAUUGUUUGGGUUGUCAACAUCCGAAUUACAGAAGUUAGCCUAUGAGUUAGCAGUCCGUAACAACAAACAGCAUAAAUUUAAUGAACUCAAGGAAAAGGCCGGUAAAGACUGGCUGCGUGGAUUUCUGCACCGUCAUCCUGACUUGAGUUUACGCAAGCCAGAAAACACGUCUGCGGCUCGUGCUGCUGGGUUUAAUAGAUUGUCUGUUGGUAAAUACUUCGAACUGCUUGGAAAAGCACUUGAUGAUAACCCUUUUACUCCAGAUAGGAUUUAUAAUUGUGACGAGACAGGUAUUUCAGUGGUGCCAAAAUCACGAUCCAAAGUGAUUGCAGCAACAGGUAAAAAGCAAGUGGGAGCCUUGACAUCGGCGGAACGAGGUACAACUAUUACUAUUGAAAUUUGUUUUAACGCUGCAGGGACAUACCUUCCUCCUAUGUUUAUAUAUCCUAGAAAACUUAUGAAGCCCGAACUGCUAAAUGGAGCCCCACCAAAUUCAUGGGCAGAAUGUUCAGAUUCUGGGUGGAUCACUGCAGAUAUUUUCUUACGAUGGUUUCAGAAGUUUGUGAAACUCACCAAUGCUUCUAAAACAAACCCAGUUAUGCUGAUUUUAGAUGGUCAUGCCUCUCACACCCAAAAUUUGCAAUUAGUUGAUAACGCACGUGAACAUGGCGUGACAAUAAUAUGCUUCCCACCACACACUACUCACAAACUACAGCCAGCUGAUGUUGGUUUUAUGCGGCCCUUGAGUAUCUUUUAUGAUCAGGCUCUAACAGCAUGGUUGAGAUCAAAUCCUGGGAAAGUAGUUUCCCAACUUCAAGUGGCUGAACUCUUUGGGCAAGCAUUUAUUCGGGCAGCGACAAUGUCAACUGCAAUAAAUGCUUUUAAAACAUGUGGAAUUUCACCUUACAAUCCACACGUUUUUACCGAAGACGACUUCAUUGCUGCAGAGGCCACUGAAAUCGAAUUGAACGCUGAAACGGAACCCGAAGCUGAUAUAAAUCCCACGCCGUCUGUUGCAGUUAUCCCACAAGAAACACUGGCAGUUCCUUCAACAAUAAUAUCGCCUGAUCCUCAAAUGGCCACCGGCAGUGCCUUAAAUUCUUCAGCAAACAAUGUAGAUCCAGUGGCUCCCACAACCUCAAAUUUAGUUCAGCAAGCACCAGGAAAUGAUUCUUUGGAUACUUCAUUCAAUCUGGUAAGCCCGAAACAGUUAAUGCCUUAUCCACGAAUGGCCGAAAAAAGACCUAGACAAGUUCGAAGAAGAGGAAAAGCAGCUAUUAUCACUGCUUCUCCAUAUAAAGCAGUAUUAGAAGAGAGGCAAAACAGUAAGAAUUCGACACCAAAGGUAACAAACAAAAAGAAAAUGAAAAAAACAACCAAGAGAUCUAAAAAAGAGAAGAAAGCUGAUGAUGGCGCUGAGACAUCAGAUAACGAAGAUACAGAAUGUCUGUACUGUCAAGGCCUGUAUUCAGAGUCUAGUGAAGGAUGGAUCACUUGCCAGACUUGCGGUAAAUGGGCUCAUUGUGGGUGUGCAGGAGUGGACGAUAACGAUGACGAAGCUGUCCAUACUUGCCCGUUUUGCGAAGACUCUUAAAUAUUCUAUUUAUUAUACUCUAUACCCCAUCUUACCCAAGGGGGUACCCCGUUUUGCCCUAUAGGUGGGGCAAGAUGUAGAGAUUUAGUUAUUUUGUUAAAAUUGAUAUUUCUAUGAGAAGACUUGUUAUAUUUUGUUUUGACUGAUUAUAAUUAAAAGAAGAAAGACUGAUUAUUAUCUUAAUAAAAGUUCCUACAUUGUGCAAUUAAAAUUGAGGGUUUUAUUUACAAAAUGCCUUAAAUUCCCCAUCUUACCCCACCUU